GCCCGGGGGUCACCGGGGCUCGGGCCCUGGCGCUGCUGCCAUGCGAGGGAUGAGUCACAGCCCUUCCCCGUACGGCAGACCCCGGGAGCCUGGCUGUGCCCAGCGGCACCGAGAGGCCCGGUUUCCAGACCGGGAACGGGAUGGCCACGCGGCGAACAUCCUCCCUCCCCGUCAACCUGUGUAUCUCCGGCCUCAGUGCCCCUCACUCAACGGGUGUCCCUGCGUGCCGCCUGCCCGGGACGGGCAGCCGGGGAGGGGAGGCAGCCGCAGCCCCGCCGCUCGGAGGAGCCGAGCCCGGACGUCUCGUCGCCUGCCCGGCGGCCGAAAGGAUGACAGAAAGGACCGUUUCGUGGGGACGGUGCGUAGGGCUCCGGCCUGUGUCUCUCCAGGGAAGGGACUUUCCAGAGAAAUAAAUCGAGAAAAAAUAACUGGUUUAAUUUCCCUCCACCUAGCAUCGUUUUUUCCCAGCUGUGCAUAGGAACCUUGGAGCAGCAUGAAGGGCUGUGUGGGACAGAGGCUCCUCCGGGUGCUGGUGCUCCCACUGACAGUAAGUAUCCAGCACCAAACUGGAGCACAUCAGAGGUUUACAACCAUGUGGAUUCUGGAGAAAGAUUUUACUAAAUCCAGUGUCCAGCCCUUUUUUGUACUGUGUUUAAUUUCCUCUUUCUCAUUCUCUUUUUCCUUUGCCAUCUAUUGCUGUGUGCUUCUUCCAUCUCUCCUACUCUUUCUUCUCUUUUUCCCUGCUCCAGUCUUUUCCCUGUGUCCUUCCCUCUUCUAGUGUGUCCUGGUUUUGUCUGUGAUAAAGUUAAUUUUCUUCCUAGUAGGUGGUACAGUGCUGUGUUUUGGAUUUAGGAUGAGAGUAAUGUUGAUAGCAUACUGAUGUUUUAGUUGUUGCUGAGCAGUGCUUACACUAAGUUGAGGACUUUUCAGCUCCCCACACCACCGCACCAACGAGUAGGCUGGGGAGCACAAGAAGCUGGGAGAAGACACAGAUGGGACAGCUGAUCCCAACUGGACAAAGGGAUACUCCAUAUCAGAUGACACUUAGUAUACAAACUAGGGAGAAGCUGGCCAGGGGCCAGCUCUCCAGAACUGUCUGGACACCGGUCAGUGGGUGGUAGGAAAUUGCAUUGGGCAUCACUUGUGUUGUAUGUUCCAAUUAUUUUGUCAUUUAUUAUUAUUGUUGUUGUUGUUUAUGAUUAUAGUUG